GAUGGAUAUACAUUAGACUCGACCCAUGCAAACAAUAGCUUUGUUACUUUGUUCAGAAUUUUACUGAUUUUACUGACAACAAACUGGAACGUGUGGCAUUCAUUUGGAAACUUAAGUGCAAAAUGAUUUUUGUAAAUUAAAGAAUAUUAUAUUAUAUUAUUCUAUCUAAAAAUAGUUAUUAAAAGAUGUCUGUAUUCUUCGUAAACGCUAACCAGGAUAGCGAAGUUGAAGGUGACUCAAAUGGAGAUCUUCAAAUCGCUUCACCUGGGUCUUCUGAAGCUCAACAAGCCUUGACUCAGUUUUGGCCAAAAGUUACAGAGGAGAUAAAAAAGAUUACUACUAUGGAUCUAAAAACACAAUCGUUGCCUUUAGCCAGGAUAAAAAAGAUAAUGAAAUUAGAUGGAGACGUGAAGAUGAUAAGCGCAGAAGCUCCUAUGCUCUUCUCUAAAGCAGCAGAAAUUUUUAUACACGAGUUAACAUUGAGGGCGUGGGUGCAUACGGAAGAUAAUAAAAGGCGUACUCUUCAACGAAAUGAUAUAGCAAUGGCAAUAACCAAGUAUGAUCAGUUCGAUUUUUUAAUUGAUAUAGUGCCUAGGGAUGAAUUGAAACAAAGUAAAGCGCAGACUGAAAGCACUGUACGUACAGCCAUGAACUCAGAUCAAGUACAUUACUACUUCCAAUUAGCGCAGCAACAGGCUUCUGCCAACCAAAAUGUAACGAGUGGUAACACAACCGCGCAACCUAUACAAAUAGUACAACCCUCUGCUGGACAAAUACAAACUAUCACGUGCAGUCCUGUAGAUCAGGACAGUACCGCUGCAACUACAGCGCAGACUGUAACGGUGCAAACUCCUCAACAAACAUCCGGCCAGCAGAUUAUACAAUUACAACAGGCUCAACAGACGCCUACUACACAAACAGGGGGAAUACAAAUUGUACAACAAAUCGUAACACCUAGCGGAGAAAUUCAGCAAAUACCAAUACAGUUAACACCUCAACAACUCCAGAUGAUUCGCAUGCAGGUUCAAGGUGGAAGCAAUCAACCGAUCAUCAUACAAACAGCCCCUAUACAAGCUCAACCUCAGCUGAUACAGGUUGCGCAAGGUGCUCAAACGCCAGUCUUUCUACAAACCAGCGGAACUGACAAUGAGUAACUGUUAAUUAAUUGUAAGUUUAGUAAAAUGAUUCUAAACACAGAAAAUCGAAUGAGAACAGUAAAAAUAAGCUUGUAUGGUAAGAAAUAAAAUUUUUUUAAAUUAUAUCUAA